AUGGAGGAGGCUAUCACCACUAGCACAUCUGCCAUCCUUCAUCUCCACAUGACUGAUGAGAAGCUCCGAUCCAGAGAAGAGGCCAGGCCUGUUUCUCUAAAGGGGUCUAAGAGCAGAGCUGGAGAGAAGGAAAGACCAGACAGUUGCCCCGGCCCCGGCCCUGCCGCCGCUAUCCAUUCAGUUCGCUGCUAUUCUCAUGGGUCACAUGAGACAGCUAAGGAGUUUGAUGCUCACUUAUACUUCAACAAACCAGAUAUAGAUGCCUGGGAAUUGCAUAAAGGGAUGAACACACUUGUUGGCUAUGAUCUGGUUCCAGAACCAAAAAUCAUUGAUGCUGCUUUGAGGGCAUGCAGACGGUUAAAUGAUUUUGCUAGUGCAGUUCACGUCCUAGAGGUUGUUAAGGACAAAGCAGGACCUCAUAAGGAAAUCUACCCCUAUGUCAUCCAGGAACUUAGACCAACUUUAAAUGAAUUGGGAAUCUCCACUCCAGAAGAACUGGGCCUUGACAAAGUGUAAACCCCAUGGAUGUGCUUCCCAAGGAUUUAUUGGUAUUGCUACUUGAUUGUAAACAGUUACCUGGAAAUACAAAUGAUAAUAUAUUACCUUAUUUGAACAAGUUUUCCUUUAUUGAGUACCAAGCUAUGUAAUGGUAAUUUGGACUUUAAUAAAAGGGAAAUGAGUUUGAACUGGAAAAAAAAAAAA